CCUGUCGCGUGUCAAUCGCCGCCUGUCUUCCAUCCAGAGGCGCCGCCCUCACAUCUACCCUAUCCCCAAGUCAUUCCCUACAACUGUUCCAUCAUUGCUGCUCCGUGUCAGUCGCCGCCCGCACUCUCUCUGUCCGCACCCUCACGCUCCUUCUCUGCCCUCGCUGUCAGCGUUCCCGCUGGUCUGCGCCAUAUUUCGACAAAGCCCGAGAAACAAUCGAAUUCGCCGCUGCACGGGAAAAUCGCUUGGCCCAAUGUUCCUCGCUACUGUACAAUGAACACCUGAGUCGCAAGAGCUGGAAUCGAUCGUCAAUGUUCGCCAUCAUUCACUCACUUCCACGAAAAUAGUCAUCGAGGACAACAGCAUAUCAUCGAAUACAUAUAUAACGACACGUGCAGUUCGUGCUGAGUUCACAUCGCGGCCGUGAAGGUUGCGGACAGCCAUGGCUACUAGCAACUCCACGCUGCUGGGCAACUGCGUCGCACCUUUUCUAGAUGCAUCACGAUUUUCGCCCACCGAUGGAUUCAUCGAUGGUCGCCUCUGCGCACGAAUCGAGGGCAUCAAUGGCUCGCCAACAUGCUGUCUGCCCUGUCCCGCCUCGGAAUGGGCCUACUCAGACAACUUCGAUACCUACAACACAGCAGCGGAAUGGCUGAACGUCAUCGGCCUCGGCCUGCUAUGCUUCAUGCUGAUAUCCUACAUUAUGUUGCCCGCACAGCAAACUCGAAGCCAUUAUCUGAGUGUGUGCCUGAUCAUCUCGGUCAUGAUGAUCACGUUAGGCUUCACGGUCCCCCUCGCUGCAAAACCGGAGCAAUGCUACAACGAAAUCACACCAAACGACAUGUAUACAUCGAUGCCGUGUGCCUGGGGAGGAGCCUUCAUUGUCGCCGGAGGUCUAUCCGUGGUCAUGUGGGUGCUGAUCCGAGCCCUGUCCAUGAACCUACAAAUCUGCUGGGAUAUCGUGCCUGGAAGGAGAUUCUUCUACGUUUCGCUGAUGUUCGGCUGGGGCGUGCCAGCAGUGCUGUUUCUGCUGACCAUCACCCUGACCGGAGUCAGCUUCCGAUUCGGCAGCGCCUGCCAUGUCAACCACGAGAAUUCUAUGGGCGCCUUCUGGGGGCCGCUCAUGGCCAUGGCUGGCAUUGCUGGCAUCCUACAAAUUAUGACCUUGGUUUACUGCGGACACGUAUACAUGCGGAACCUCUGGAGUGAUGAAUCGGCCAAUGUCUCCACCGCUGCCUCUGGAGGCCUUCCAUCUUACCAAGGCAGUGAGCAUACCAAGACAGCUCGCGCAGUCUACAGGCGGCUGAAGAAGGUACUAUGGCUCCAAUGGCGCGGCAUCUGCAUCGUGACCAUCAUUCUGGUCGACCUCGUCUUCUUCACUAUUGUGUUCCUGAAGAUGGACACCAUGCAGAACGGAGCCCGGUCCAACUACGAAAAGGUAGUGCCGUGGUUGGCAUGCUUGGCGAGCAAUCCAACAGACAAGAACCAGUGUCUGGAUCUGGUCAACGACUUUGUUGUGGCUGAGCCCGCCGUCGCCGCAGUGCUAUUCAUGCUUUCCUUUGCAGCAUUCGAGGUCUUCCUUCUCUUGACGAGGCCGUCUAUCUUCCCGGCAUGGCUCGACUUCUUCCGAUCAUUUGGGAGACCUAAGCAACAGCAAUUUGUCACCCUCGACGCCACCCCAGACCUCACAAGGAAUACGUCUCACUCUGGCUUGGUGGACCCCAAGGCUGGAUAUCAAAGCACGACUUAUGAGAUGUCCAACAAAGGACCUGACCUCAACACAGACGGGCUUGACAUCAAAAGCUCCGGCGAAUCGGCCUUGAGCUCGCCGGAAACUUCGUACCAGACGCCAAUCCACCGUGGACAGUCACCCGCCUUCGUGACAAAUGGCCCCACCUAUACCAACACAUACCAACGCCCAGGAUACCACCGCGAAAUGCCUAAUGACUGGGCGAACAGUAACAAUUUGUACGAGUUGUCUGACCAAGAUGCGAGACAUUACCAACAACCAAUGACCUCCUUCUCAAGACCUGCCGCGCCUGCACGGGGCAGCUUCUCUGACCAAGGUGGGGUCUACCCACGAGGUGGAUUGGGACAAAAUCCUCCUAGUGAGGCUUCAGAAAGUAGAGAAAACGUCAGCAACGUCCGAGCGGCAUCCAAGAAUGCGCCGAAGCUCAGGCUCCAUCACUACGAUCGGGAUAAUCGGAUAUGAGGCUGUAUGACCGAGCAACGUGAACCUGUGAUGAGCAAGCUCUCGUAAGGUGAUCGUGUAUGAAAAAUUGUGUUUACUUUGAAGCGUUUAAGCAGGCGCAAAUUCGGUGUUUCUAUGGAUUGUACAUAUUCCUUACUAUCAGUGUGAAGGGCGAGAAGAAGAGCAGAGGUAUGGCGGGAUGAGCGUUGCAGUCGUUCCUGACCAAGCAAGAGCGAGGAAUUCGAUCGACAAUAUGUGCGUGUUUGCGUGCGCAGACUUAAGCGGAGCAAUCCGGCUAAUCCG